CUUUUCCCGCAGGUGGGGCACGAGCGCAAAGUCCAGCUGGUGGCCGACAGGGACCACUUGAUCCGAACCCUCAGCCUCAAGCCGCUGCUCUUCGAAACCCCCGGCUUCCUGACCGAUGAGGAAUGCCGGCUCAUCAUCCACCUGGCACAGAUGAAGGGCUUGCAGCGCAGUCAGAUCCUGCCCACCGAGGAGUACGAGGAGGCGAUGGGCACCAUGCAGCUCAGCCAGCUGGACCUCUUCCGACUGCUGGACCAGAACCGUGAUGGCCGCCUGCAGCUCCGAGAGGUCCUGGCUCAGACUCGCCUGGGAAAUGGCCGGUGGAUGACCCCAGAGAGCAUUCAGGAGAUGUACUCUGCGAUCAAGGCCGACCCUGACGGGGAUGGAGUGUUGAGUCUGCAGGAGUUCUCCAGCAUGGACCUUCGGGACUUCCACAAGUACAUGAGGAGCCACAAGGUGGAGACCAGCGAGCUGGUACGGAAUAGCCAUCACACGUGGCUCUACCAGGGUGAGGGUGCCCACCACGUCAUGCGUGCCAUCCGACAGAGGGUGCUUCGUCUCACCCGCCUGUCUCCGGAGAUCGUGGAGCUUAGCGAGCCUCUGCAGGUGGUGCGGUACGGCGAGGGAGGCCAUUACCAUGCCCACGUGGACAGCGGGCCCGUGUACCCGGAGACCAUCUGCUCUCACACCAAGGUGGUGGCCAACGAGUCUGUGCCCUUUGAGACCUCCUGCCGCUACAUGACGGUGCUGUUUUAUUUGAACAACGUCACCGGCGGGGGUGAGACCGUCUUCCCUGUAGCCGACAACAGGACCUACGAUGAGAUGAGCCUGAUUCAGGGUGGUGUUGACCUCCGGGACACCCGGAGGCACUGCGAUAAGGGAAACCUGCGUGUGCAGCCGCAGCAGGGCACGGCAGUCUUUUGGUACAACUACCUGCCUGAUGGGCAAGGCUGGGUGGGUGACGUGGAUGAGUACUCGCUGCACGGAGGCUGCCUGGUCACACGAGGCACCAAGUGGAUCGCCAACAACUGGAUCAACGUUGACCCUAGCCGGGCGCGGCAGGCACUUUACCAGCAGGAAAUGGCACGUCUGGCCCGUGAAGGUGGCGCUGACUCGCAGCCCGAGUGGGCCCUGGACCGAGCCUACGGCGAUGCCCGCGUGGAGCUCUGAGGGGAGAGUCGCCGGGGCCCCUGGGGAGUCACCGCUUGAGGUCGGGCCCCGCUGUACCCCUGCCCUGCUGCAGACCAAAGGCAUGGCUGCUGUCUUUCCCCAAGCCGGCCUCCAGCUGUGCUAGGCGAGCAACGCCUCCCGUUAUUUAUUGUGUACAGACCCAUGCUGCUCCAAUCAUGUCCAAUAAAAACCACUGGGCUUCGA